AUGUCUCACGUAUCCACUCUCGAUUUUUCUGCAUUUUGUUCGAAGGACCCCGGUCGGCAGCAAUCAUUCUGUCAGCAAUUUACAGCCGCUCUUCAACAGCAUGGUUUCGUCAAGUUGAUCAACCAUGCAGUCCCAGCUGAAGGAAUUGCAAAAAUCUUCGAAUUUAGCAAGCAGUUUUUUGAAAUGGACCAAGCAGCGAAAGCGGUCGCUGCUCAUCCUACCACUGCAAUCCCUCAUCGAGGAUACAGCUUUGUGGGACAGGAAAAGACUUCGAUCCUGGCACCUGGGGAGGGAAAACCGUCCGUAGACUGCAAGGAAUCGUUCGAUAUGGGAUCACCAUACAGUCGCAUCUUCCCCAACACAUGGCCUGCCGACUGUGACAUGCCUCAUUUUAGGCCAGAAAUAGAGAGCUUCUACCAAACCUGUCAAGACUUCCAUCACACCUUGCUCCGUGCCCUGGCUUUGGGCUUGCAGCUCGACGCCCACACAUUUGAUUCACUAGUCGAUGGAAACGACCACGAGCUUCGCUUGCUUCAUUACCCAGCCGUCCCCAAGAAGGAGCUGAUGAAUGGCCAAAAAACUCGGAUCGCCCCCCAUACAGACUUUGGAGUAUUGACCUUGUUGUUCCAGGAUGACGUCGGUGGAUUGCAGGUGAUGGAUCAGCAGACUGGUCUGUACAGUGUCGUCGACGGAAGCCAUCCUAUCAUGCUAGUGAAUGUGGGAGACUCCUUGCAGCGAUGGACUAACAACCACCUUCGAGCCGUCCUCCAUCAAGUAACAGCACCCAGUCAGAGCCCCUCCGGCACCGACAGUCCGAUAUUUACGAAGGAGCGAUUUUCAGUGGCGUUCUUUGGGAAACCCAAUCGCGCAUGCUCAUUGCAUCCUCUGCCACAGUUGCUUCUGGACGGCGAGUGUUCGCAAUAUCCCGACAUCACAGCUGGCGAAUAUCAGGACUCCCGGAUUCAUGGAACGUACUAG